AUGGCGAGCGGGCAGCAGCCGCUCCGUUCGCGGCGCUAUGGGACGCUGAUCGACCCGGCAGAUGCUCGGCCAGUAGAGGUCCAGCAUGCUCUAGACGGACUCGGCAGCUCGGCCGCGCCGCCGCCGCCGGGCGCCAUGGAGGACGUGCAGCCGAAACGCUCCCUCUUCUCCGCGAUGGACGAGCGCUCGAUGCGCCGCCGUUCCAUGGGCAUGCUCGGCCAGACGGGCUCGUGGGCAAAUGUGGAUGACGACGAGGAGUACGAGGAGGCGCCGGCCGUGCGCACCCUCUUCUCCACCGCAGACGAUACACACGCAAACGCGCCGGGCAUGGCCAAUGCUCAGUCCGCCCUCGGCCGCUCACGCUCGUUCUUGGACGCGUACCGCAGCAGCGAGGCGCGUCCGUGGCUCGACGAGGACGAGGACGAGGCGCCGAUCCGCGGGCCGGCGCCAUCCGCCCUGCGCACGACCUUGGCCGAGGUCGAGGACGAGGACGCUCCGGCUGCACCACGCCUGCGCACAGCGCUCAGCGCGGGCGGCGAGGUGCCCAGCAGCGCGGCACCGGUACAGACCGACGGAAGCGUGCCGAUCGCCGCUGCGACCGCAGCAGCCCUCGCCAAGCUGACCAAGGAGGAGGCGCCGACAAAGAAAAAGAAAAAGUCGACGUCCGAAGUGGUCGUCAACGAAAACGGCGAGGUUGUCAAGAAGAAGAAGAAGAAGGACAAGGAAAAGGACGGCAAGACCAAGGAAAAAGACCCGGCACGCCGCAAGAAGCGCGCCUCGACACGCGUCAAGGACGAGGCGGGAGAACCCAUCGCCCAGCCCGCCGAAGAGUGGAUGGACGAGGGAGCGCCGACGACGUACCUCGACUCGGUGCGUGCCGCGCCGCCUCCAGAGCAGGGCACCGAGAUGCUGUCGGUGCCGCUCGCCGAGCCGGGCGCCGCGCUCGCGCCCCCGAUUGGGGCGCCGCUCGAGCCGCCUUUGAUGCCGCUCGAGCCGCCUGCUCCGGUGGUGGCCGAGCCGGUGCCUCCGCCGAUGCCGACAAUUGUCUCGCCGAGCGUACAGGCCGCGCGUGCGCCGCCGAUGGCGCCGGUGCAACCGUCACCAAUUGUUCCCGUGCAGGCGUCGCCGGCCCCUGCAGUGCCGCGCACGUCGCCCGGGCGCCUCGUCCCGCUCGCCGAGCCGGUCGAGUCGCAGGCCGCGCCGAUCGCCGAGCAGUGGCGCCGGCGCGAGCGCGACCCGGAUGCGAUGUCGAUCAUGUCGGUGUCGACCUACCGUGCGCCGACGAUCGAUGCACGCCGCGAGGCGCAGAUGGACGAAUACACCGCGAACGAGACGAGCCGCAUGCACGUCUUUAACCACAAUGCGUCGCGCCUGGUGAUUAAUAUGUUUAUUCUGUACCGCGGCGCAUUUGUCAUGCUGCGCCAGCUGUGGCGCUGGGAGCGCCCGUGGGUCACGGGCUCCGUCGCUUCGUUCUACCUGGUCGUGUGGUGGCGUGGCGACUUGCUCGCCAUCUUUUUCCUGCUCACGUUCCUGUACAUCGCGACGUUCCGCUGGCUGCACCUGCCCGCGGAAGAGACACUUAUCCCGGACGAGAACGAGCCGAGUGUUUCGCGCGCACCGGGCCUCAAGCGCACGCUGUCGAACAAGUCGAUGAUGAAGCGGACGCACCGCCUCGACUUGGCCGCGACGCAGCCGCUGACGGUGGCCUCCUCGGCGCUCUUCCAGCAAGUCGGCGACCAGGUGCUUGUGUACACGCACAGCUUUGCGGACGUGCACGAGCGCAUGAAGAACCUCGCCAUGUGGCGCAACCCCAUUGCGACGCUGCGCUACCUCGGCUGGCUCUUGCUCAUGGUGCUGCUCAGCGCGCACGUCACGACGUGGAUGAUGGUCAAGCUGCCGGGCGCACUUGUGUUCCUGUGCGUCUUUAUUGUCGCGCCGAUGCUCGAGUACGGGUACUGGACCAAGUUCUGGGACAUGCUCAACGACCUCCCGUCGACGCGCAGCGAGCCGACGGGGGCCUACGUCAGCUCCUCGCGCACGGUCCUCGACAAUGUCCUCGCGGGCGUGCCCACAGACGAGGAGUACCUGCAGCAAAAGCUCAGCCAGACGCGCUGGGAGGUCGAGCGCGAGCAGCGCCGCCGCGGCGAGUUUGUCGAGAUCGCGCCGAACCGCAUCGUCGAGGAGGAGUCUGCCGAGAUGCCGUCGGGACGCGUCCGCCGCCGCAGGGAGACGCGCACGAGCAAGCCGUCGCGCCGCGUGCUGCAGCGCUGGCAGGAUGCGUCGGACGACGUCGUCGAGCCGCGCCAGGAGCGCAGGUCCUCGCGCAUGCUCCGGCCGCAGGCCGACACAUCGGGCGUGUUUUCCGACGUGUCGCAGCCCGAGAUGGAGCAGGUGCGCGAGAUCGAAGAGGUGCAGCAGGUGCCGGAGAUGGUGUCGCGCAGGGGGUACACGCCGCUGGAGACGAAGCGCAGCAGCGUUGUGCAGCCCGUGCAGCAGCCGAUCCAGCAAGUGCAGCAGCCGGUUCAACCGAUCCAGCCGUUGCAGCAGCCGAUGCAGGUGCAGCAGCCGAUGCAGCCGGCCAUGCUACCGGCGCAGGUUGCCCAGCCCCAGCAGCUGCCUCUGCAACCCCAGGGACCCUUUCAAGCCCCAUUCCAGCAGUCGUCCAUGUACCAGCCGCAGCAGGCGUACCAGCCUCCGGCACCCCAGUACCAGCCGCAGGUGAACCCCUUCCUGACGCAGCAGGAGCCGGUCCCGACGCAGGCCCCUGCGCCCCAGCCGGACACUUCGCGGUCGGUCCCUUCGCACGCGUUCAGCGGCGGUGCACCGCUGCAGCCCAGCGCGCCGGUGCAGAGCACGCCGCUCGUGCCCUCGGAGCCGUUUGCACAGGACACUGCGCCGGCCCCACAGCAUGAUCCGACGUGGCAUGCCGAGGUCGAGAGCAUCACGUCCGAGUACGACAUGGACGACGACGAGGAGGACGAGGAAAGCGAGCCCGAGCAGCGCACGGUUGCCGAGCGUGCACUCUCGGCACUCGGCUUCGGCCUUCCGCAGCAGGAGCCCAAGCCCAAGGCGCCCGAGCCGCAGCCCGAGCCGCAGCCCGAGCUCCUGCCUGCAUGGGAAGCGAAGCCGCCGGGCCUGAAUGUCGCGCCGGCCCCGCCGCUCUUCCAGGUUCCUCUGAACGAGUCCAGUAACGAGCUCACGCCCGAGGCCCACGUUCGUGAGACGCCCGUCUCUGCGCCUGUGCCCCCGGUCGCUGUCGCGCCGCAGCCCGAGCUUGUGCCGGCCCCGGUGCCUGCCCCUGCACCCGCCCCGGCGCCGAUCGAGCGCGAGCCUGUGCCGUCGCCCCAUGCGGCGCCCGCGCCGGUGCCUGCCGUCACGACGCCGGUGCCUGCUGCGGCGCCCGCGCCGAGUGGCCCGCCUUCGUUCAUCGCUGCGACGUCGGACACGCUGCAAGAGCAGCUGGACCGCCGCCGCCGUGCGAAGCAGGUGCAGCAAGACACGCUGAGCCACGCGACCGUCCCUCGCCAGCCGUCAUACGCCUCGCUGAGUCUGUCGCAGGACGGCGUGGCAAUGUCGCCUGCGGUGUCUGUGGAAGCGGUGCAUUCGCGGCAGCUGCGCCCCGAUAUGACGUCCCCCCGUGGCUCGCCGCAGCGUAUCCGCUGGGUGGACGAGCAGGAUGGCCAAGGCAUCUAUCUUGCUGUGCACCGCAAGCGUGUGGGCCACCUGAUUGUGCUGCCGAAGCGCAUCGUAUUCCAGCUGACCUUUUCGACGAUCAAGCCGCUCACGGCCCCUCAGGGCAUGACGGAGACGGAUGUCUCGCGGCUGACCAAGGUCGUUGACGGUCGCUCGUACUACCCCAUUAUUGCCCCCUCCGCGAUUCAGGAGAUGGUGCGCCCCGAGAUGAACAAGCAAGGCACUGCGCCUUUCGAGCCGUACUCGGUGCUGGCGUCGAUGAUUCCCGAGCCGAACAAGGUCAUGUUUGACGUUCCCCUCGACCGCGUCUCAGGUAUCAAAAAGACGCGCAAGAACACCCCGGCGCUCGACCGCUGCCCCGAAGGCCUCGAGAUCGUGCUCGGCGAGGGCGAAAAGAGCCUGACGCUGCCUGCGGUCAUCGAGCGCGACCGCGCGUUCCAACGUGUCUUGUCGCUGGACCCGAACAAGUGGCCUGCAUAG